UAGUACUCUUCGGUCCGUUCCAAUUGCGUUCAACGCUUAUUAAUAAAUCCGUUGAUUGACUAAAUCAAACGUUGCUCAAUUGGGGCUUCCAAGGCUUCGAGGCGGGGACUUGAAGGUAGCAUCCCCUAGAGCUUUAGGAACCUCAGGAACUUGACGAAGUUGGAGUAGUGUUGGAUGAGUUUUAACGAGUGUUCCAAGGCUAUGGGAUCAUCCAAAAGUGAGAAAUGAUGUAAAUCAUUUCUACUUUUGUAUUAGUGAUGUUGGCCCUUAUCAAAUUUGCCAAGGGUCUUCCUGAUAUUUGACGUAUUUUUCUUUUUUUAGCAGGAAUUUCGCAGACGUUAUAACGGUCUCUAUACCAUGGAUAUAAAAAGUUAACAAUGCCAUUAAAUUUCUGAAGAUUACAUUAAACAACAUUAUAGCUUUAGAAAUGAGUUCUGCUCUUUCAGAAAAAGAACAAAAAGAACUUGGAAUGCCAUUUCCUGAUCAAUAUUUGGGGGUAAAUGGGAAAAAUGCCGAUAAAAAUAACGUUUCUAGCUCUAUUGAGAAUUUAGAGGAUGGUUAUUCUCCAGACGCAUCUAAAAUCGAAUCGGUGGUGGAAGAGCCAGAUUUCAGUGACAUUGAUCAGAAGAAGUUGAUUAGAAAACUUGAUUUCAGGUUGAUGCCGCUCUUCACAGUUUUAUACUUGAUAAGUUUUUUGGACAGAGGUAAUAUUGGUGCUGCUAAGAUAGAAGGACUUGCAGAAGAUUUACAUUUGAAGGGCAACGAAUAUAAUAUCUGUUUGACGGUGUUUUUCAUAUUUUAUGCUACGUUUGAAAUUCCUAGCAACACCAUUUUAAAACAUGUGAAGCCCUCGCUUUUCUUAGUUAUUGCAAUUAUUUUAUGGGGAAUCGCGAUGACUUUAAGUGGUUUAUCACAAAAGUAUGCUGAUUUGCUUGCCUGUAGAGCAUUGUUGGGGUUAUUCGAAGCUCCUUUGUUUCCAGGGAUCUCGUUCUACCUUUCGGUUUAUUAUACCAAGAAUGAGUUUUUGGUAAGAGAAGCCAUAUUUUUUUCAGCAGCCUCUAUAGCCGGUGCCUUUUCAGGUUUGUUAGCUGCUGCAAUCACUCAAAUGGAUGGACUCGGUGGGUUGGCUGGUUGGAGAUAUAUUUUCAUUCUCGAAGGUUGUUUAACCGUUCUUCUUGGGGUACUAUCAUACUUCGUUUUCCCCGAUUUCCCACAGGAUGCAAAAUUUCUAAACGAUCGAGAACGUGAGUUUGUCACUUACAGGGUCAAGCACGAUUCUAAUACAGAUGGACAGAGUUUGAAAAAGCUUUCCGGGAUCAGCCAUGGACAAAGAACCGCUCCCUUAGGAGAAGAUCACUCCAAUAACCCUAAGUACUUCUGGGCAGUUUUCAAAGAUUGGCAGAGUUGGACCAUGCUUUUGGUAUACUGUGGAACCUGUGUUCCACUUUAUGGGAUCUCGCUUUUCACUCCCACCCUUAUCAAAACUAUGGGGUAUGCAUCGACCAAGGCGCAAUUGUUGAGUGCCCCCAUCUAUAUUGUGGCAGCUAUAUACUGUGUUGUACAAGCAUUGAUUAUGAGUAAGCUUGGCCUUCGUUCUCCUUUUAUUCUCUUCAACUUUUUAUGCAUGUUGGCUGGAUAUAUUGUUUGUAUAAGUAUGGAUCCCGAGAAGUAUCCUCAUUCCGUAUACGGAGCUCUUUUUGUCGUUGCUCUUGGUGUGUAUCCUUCAUUACCUUCGGUUGUGGUUUGGUUUUCAAAUAACGUUUCGGGAACUUAUAAGCGUGCGGUUGCAAUAGGGUUCCAGAUUGGUAUCGGUAACUUUAGUGGAGCUUAUAGCAGUAACAUAUACAGGGGCAAGGAUUCUCCAAGAUACUUAUUGGGCCAUGGGAUGGAGAUAAUGUUUAUAUCGCUUGGACUUGUGGCAAUGUUGAUCAAUGUCAUUGGCUAUAGUAUAUCAAAUUCCAUGAAGAAAAGAAGGUUGGAAAGUGGCUACUAUGACGAAUAUACCGACCAAGAACUCAUUGAGAUGGGUGAUAAGAGUCCAUACUUCAUAUACAGAUUGUAAUUGUAUAGUUUCUCAAUAUACUUUUCAGUGGAACCCAACUCUUUUUGCAACCUUUUCA